ACACUUCAUAUCUUUAAUGCACGUUGUUUCUGUCACGUGUCUUCUAAUAAUUAUUUGUAUUCUUUUGCUUUGUGUGUUUAAUCUAGUCUCUGCUGUAUGAUACUUUUGUUAGCCUCCACUUAAAGUAAUGUAGUCAAGCUAGCCCCCACGUGCUGCAGGAAGAGAAGUGAUUUCAAAAUAAAAGCGGCUAUCUGGCCAACGUGAUUUCAAGAUGAGCAACGAAAAAGAUGAGAUGAAAUACAGACUCAACAGUUUAAAUACAACAAAGGAAUAUAAAUGUAUGCAGGGGUAAUAAUUAGAAAGUAGCAUUGAUACAUAUUGCACAUAAUAAAGAAAUAAAUAAGACUAUGUAUUAAUAUUAAAAAACAGUCAAGUAGUAGUUUCUGAGUUCAGUGUGGAUGUGGCUGCAGAGUAAAAACUGUUCAGGAGUCGUCCUGUGUGAGUUAGGCUGUUUGGGCGUUUGGAGGUGUGGCCCCUGAUUGACCUGAGGUGCCGUCUGGAGGGCAGGGGAUCAAACAGGUGGUGAGUGGGAUGCGAGGGGUCACCUGUAACGGCCCUAGUUUUCCUGAGACAGGAGGAGCUGAUGAUGACCUCAAGGGGUAGCAGAGGGCAGCCAAUGAUUUUGGUCAGUGUUAAUGAGCCUCUGCGCUGCCUUCUUGUUCUCUGUAUUGGCCCCUCUGUACCAAACACCCAGGCAGGAGGAAGGCACGCUCUCCACUGAGGAGUGGUGGAAGGCCAGCAGCAGCUCCUGGUCCAGGUUUUUCUUCCUCAGGACACGGAGGAAGUGCAACUGCUGUGAGUUUAGUGGGGACCUUUUUCAGAUGGAGGAGCUCAGUGAGGACUGCAGCCUGAACGAUGAUAUGGUGGAUGGGGACCUGGGUGAUGGGAUAGGAGUCACAACAGCACUCAGCUCCACUAGGAUGAAGAGUGAAAGAGUGAGCGGUCGCUCAGAGAGUCGGCUGCUCAGAACAGACCCGCUGCAGUGCAGCAGUCGAGCAGGAGAGGCCGUCUGGAUUCCUACAAUAAAAACUGCAGAGACACAGCAGAGAGCCCAGUGGGAGCUUUCACACUUUGGCUCACUCGUUGACCUGUCUAAAGAUGAACUCAAGGAAAGACUACAGGAAGCAACUAAGAUGAUAGAUGCACUAUGCUGUGAGCUUGAUGUAGCACACCGUUACUUUGAAGGAAAAUAUGAAGCUCUGAAGAUUCUGCAAGGCAAGGCCAUUCUUGACAAAGCUACAAGUCACACUAAAAGUGUGCUGCAGAAAACUGAGGAGAAAGCCAAAGCACUCGAGAAGGAGGUGAACAGUUUGCAGUGGGAGCUCAGCUUCUCUCAGGCUCAGAUGAAGAAAUCUGAGCAGUCCUGGGAGCACAAGUACAACCGAAUGUCAAGUGAGAACAAGAUUCUGACUGACAAGUUGCAGGAAAUGGAGAGUGAGAGCCAGCAGCUCCGAGCAGAAAACUCUGCCUUGAAGCGACAGUACUUGGAACUUCUCUCCAUGCUGAAUGUGAAGGAGCAGAGAAUUUACCAAGCCACCAAACCUCAGUACAGCCUAGACACCGAGUCAGGUGUUCUCGAGUUGACUGUACUGGGAGCCUGCCAGUGUGUGUUUGAUACUGAACCGUGUCCAUGUAGUCGGACUGCUGCUGCCAGCAGGAAGCAGUUGGUCCAGUUACAACAGGAGCUGGAUGCUCAGCGUUUAAGGAAAGAAGAGGCCUUGAUGGUUGCAGACGCUUUUCGCAUCGCCUUUGAACAACAGCUGAGGAAGCGAAGUGAGGAGUUCCUGCUUGUAGCCGAGGCCAAUAUUAAGAAAUCAAAUCACUCUAAAGCUGAAGGUGCCAACAAGAGUUCUUUAAUAAGUGUAAGUAAGAGGCUGAAGGCAUUGCUUCCCUCUGGUCUGGAGAUGAAAAUGCCUGAUGAACAUUUAGAGACUCUCUACAAGCUGCUGGACUUGCUGAACGACAAGGAGGAGGCCCUGGCCCACCAGAGGAAGGUGAGCAUCAUGCUAGCCCACAGCGCUGAGGAGCUCCAGAGACAGUUGCAUCUGGGUUCCAGCUGCCAGCUGCAGGACCCACCAGAACCCAGGAUUCAACAGAGGCAACCCCAAGGUCCACUGGGGAACCAGAGCCAGUCUCGGAAAACAUCUGAGACAUCAGAACCUGAGGUUCAAGUGCCAUGAGAGUGCAAACUCCAGAGUCCACCACAUCUCUCCGAGUCCAGGACAGAAUCAGAGGGUGUGUGAGGCUCAUCAAAGACUAGCAGUAAGAUACUGGCUAAUUACCAGAGCUUCAGCCAGUUAUCGUCCUGAUCUCCCCACAUGAGGAAAUACACUGAGGGUUCUGUCUGAGCACUCGAGCUUUAUUCUGAAGUCCAAAACUGUGACUGUGAGGUUUAUUUGUGAUUCUAAAUUGUGACCUUUCCAGAAUAUACCCCAGUCCUCUAAUGGCUGGAGUUGCAUUAUAUGUUGUAUUGCAUGUUUAUCCAAUAUUAUAAUUUUAUCUUAGUCUGUAAAAUCAAUUGCUUAUGCAACACAUAACACAACAUCAGCUCUUUGCAAGCAUUUGAAACCAAGGCUAGCGACGGCCCAGAGCGACGUUAAUGUCUCCUAAGCAAAGCUAUGCCAUCCCAGGCAGGCAGGCAGUCUGAUUAUGCAGUCAGCCUCAUAGAGCUAUGGACUAAGAUAGACAAAAGUACUGGGCUACCUCGUUGCCUUUGAAUUCAGGUAUUUCAUUCCAGAUCUUAGCCACGCCCUCUGCCUUUAUAUUUCAUUCUAGAGUCUUUCUCACUGAAUUUGAGGAUGAUGGUAAAUGGCCUGUAUUUGUAUAGCGCUUUACUAGUCCCUAA